AUGCUAUCUGUUUACACACUGCCACCGAGUCCCGCCAACUGGGACAAGGUUGGCGUCUUUUACAUCUCUUGGUGUGUAUCAUGGACGACACUACUCAUCGCAGGCAUGGUUUUCUGCUGGUUCAAUAGAAACCUUCCCGUCCUAAAGAUUCGUGGCCUGCCACUGUCCUUCUCCGCCAUUGCGUUUCUGCACAUAUAUUGGAUUCUCGCGCAAAUCACAUAUCCUAUUGGGGCUACCAUGCCACUAGUGCUCGCAUACGAUAUUCAAUACUUCUUCAUGAGUCUAUGGUUCCCGCUCGGAGUCGCCCUGUUCCACGCGUCUAAUCUCCGAUUUCUUCGCGUGGCAAGACUGCAGAAACAGUUCACUCACCCUGCCCGUCGUAUCGAGCCAGGCUGCAAUGGCGCAAGAACUUCGUGCCUUUGUCGUCUUAGAAACAUGGACUAUACAAAGCGAUCCCUUCUUUUCAUUGGCCUUGGAAUGAUCAUCCAGGUCCUUCUCACAGUCGGUAUGUGGGUAGCAUGUCGAAAAUACCAUCCGACGUUUGGCAUUCCUGGUACCGAACUUCGUGGCGCGACGAUCCCUGAACAGCUGGUGGACUUGGGUCGAGGUUGGGAAUGGUGGCCGUCAGUCCUAUGGCAGGUUGUUUGGACUUGGAUCAUUGCACCUUUUCUGAUAUGGCGAGCAUGGGGAAUCCGCGAUACCAUGGGAUGGCGUACACAAACCAUCGGCUGCUGCAUCUCCAAUCUUCAUGCGACGCCAAUGUUUCUAAUAUCAUCCUAUGUUCCUGUUUUUGAAAAGGUCAACAAAUAUUUCACACCAAGCCAAUGGAUCCAUCUGUCUAUCCUUAUGUUCGAAGUGUUCACUGUCUUUGUUCCUGUUUUUCAAGUGUUCAAGUUUUGGCUUCAGCAAAAGAAAGCAGCCCAAUUAAAUGAGAAAUGGGAUAACAAUCAUCCACCCAGCCCAUCUUCAUCAGAAAACUGGAUUUUCUCUUCCAAUUCUUCCUCCACAAAGGGUAAAGCUCUUGACAUGUUUAAUGAAGAUCUUGGCGAUCGCUUCUUAACAAUGAGCGCCCUCGAACAGGUCCUAAACGAGGAUCCACGUCCUCUGCAGGAAUUUUCUUCUCUGAGAGACUUUUCAGGCGAAAAUAUCGCCUUUUUAACAAGCGUUGCGAAGUGGAAAUCUGCCUGGGCUGAGAAAUUGAGCACUGAGCGGAACCGAGAAUCUUACAAUGGCGCUCUGGAGAUUUACAUUGACUACAUCAGCCCUAGAGACGCCGAGUUCCCUCUGAAUCUGGCUUCUAGUGAGCUCAAACGCGUCGAGAAUAUUUUCGAAAAAGCCGCUCGUACUGUCUGUGGAGAGCAACAGAUCAACCCAGCGACUCCGUUCGAUAUCGAGAUUGCCCCUUUCCGGUGUUGCGAGACUGACGGUCCCUUCGAGUUAACCAGCAGAGUCACUCCCAGGACGAAGUAUGAUGGCGAGAUCCCUGAAGGUUUUGAUUUGACCAUUUUUGACAGCAUACAAAGUCACAUCAAAUAUCUCGUUCUGACGAAUACAUGGCCAAAGUUUGUAGACGAGAUGCAAGCCAGGAAACGGCGAUCAAAUGAAACGGCGCGAACCGAGGGGACAUGGAAGUCUGGAUCAACAAUCACGAAUCGGAUCAAGCAUCUGGUCCAUCAAAUAAUUUAG